AUGGCUCAGAGAGUUUUCUCAUCAACCCUUUCGGCCUCCUCUACAGCGAAAUACAGGGCGAGCAGCCUUGUCAAAGUUGGAGCAAAUGGAUCCGUCAAGCAUCACGGUGUUACGAACGGCUUAUUUGGUAUCAACGACGCGGGCUUCAUCAUUCACAGCGCGAUCCAUCGUGCUCGACCGGACAUCCAGAGUGUCAUGCACUGCCACUACCUCUCGGCUGUGGGCGUUUCGUCUCUCAAGCAGGGCUUUCUCGAGCUCGCCCAGACAAGUCAUCAGGUUGGACCUAUAGCGUAUCACGACUAUCAAGGUGUGGUCGUCGAUCGCAAUGAGCAGAAGAGCUUAGCAGAGGAUAUGGGGGAUAAGAACAUCAUGUUCUUGCGCAACCACGGCGUCAUCACUGCGGGCCCUUCAGCCGGCGCUGCCUGGUAUCUAAUGUACCAACUACUUGCGGCAACUGACAUUCAGUCCCAUGUUUCUGCGUGCGCAUUGGGAGACGCCCAGAACCUCAAUAUUCCCAGCGACCAGACCAUGAAGAAGACCUACGAAGUAAUGCAUGAGAAGGGCUUCUCAGGUGCCGCCUAUGGAUCUAAGGAGUUGGCUGCCUACAUGCGGGUGCUGGACAAGAUUGAUGCGUCCUACAGGACUUGA